UGUGAAACUCCAGCGAAGAAGAAGCAGAAGCAGAAGAAGCCGCUGUUAUCAGCUGCAGCAGAGCUGGUCAGCCGCCGGAGCCUCAGCACACGAAGAAGAAAUCUGUUCCUAGCGCUUCAAUGGCGCUUUAUCGCUUGCUUCUCUUCGUUUGUGCUUUAAACGCGUCGCGGGCUCAGAUCUUCUCUGCGCUGUAUGAUGAGAAAACAUCCCGUCUGUUCCUGAGAGAAGGACUUCAGCCGGACUCUGUCGCAGUGGCCAACUUCACUGACCACAUCAGUAGCACGGGGUGGGCGUAUCUGGAGGUCAGCACCAGCGGGGGUUAUAAUGACACGCUGCAGGCGUACGCUGCCGGAGUCGUGGAGGCUGCCGUCACCUCACAGCUGAUCUACAAGCACUGGAUGAACACGCUGUUAGGUUACUGCGGCCCGUUCUCUACCGACCUGAGCUACUGCCAGCGGCUCAAAGACUACAUCACCAGCAACCUGCAGUGGCUCAUGCAGCAGAUGGACGCGCACGCAGACGCCCCCUACUGGCAUCAGGUGCGCUUGUCUUUGCUGCAGCUGAAAGGUCUGGAGGACGGCUACAAUGAGCAGAUUGGGUUUCCGUCCGGAAGCUUCUCCAUCAACCCCUUUGGCUUCCUCCUCUUCCAGAUGGGUGGAGACCUGGAGGACCUGGAGGCGGCGCUGAACAAAUCCAGCCGGUCUCACGCCGUCGGCUCCGGCUCCUGCUCGGCUCUGAUCAAGUUCCUCCCGGGCCGCAAGGAUCUGCUGGUGUCACAUGACACCUGGAACAACUACCAGUCAAUGCUGAGGAUACUGAAGAGAUACAGCUUUACCUACCGCACGUCUCCCACAGAAAAGGCGACUAUUCCUGGCAGAAUCCAGGCGUUCUCCUCCUAUCCUGGCAGCAUUUUCUCAGGAGAUGACUUUUAUUUGCUCAGCAGUGGUCUGGUAGCUUUGGAGACCACCAUAGGCAACAGUAACGCAGAGCUGUGGAGAUUCGUCCAGCCCCGCGGUGCUGUCAUGGAGUGGCUGAGGAACAUUGUGGCCAAUCGACUUGCUCAAAGCGGUCAAGCGUGGACUGACAUCUUCAGCAAGUACAACAGCGGAACGUACAACAAUCAGUGGAUGGUGCUCGACUACAAGCUCUUUGUCCCGGGCCAGGAGUACACACAACCAGGGCUUUUCACCGUUUUGGAGCAAAUACCAGGAAUGAUCGUAACCACAGACAAAACUGAAGAGCUGUUUGAGACCGGCUACUGGGCCAGCUACAAUAUCCCGUACUUCGAGGAGGUGUUCAAUGCGAGCGGAGGGCAGGAGCUGGUUCGGAAAUACGGACCCUGGUUCUCCUUCAGAGACAACCCGAGAGCGCAGAUUUUCCGCAGAAACCAGACUCUCGUUACUGACAUAGAGUCCAUGGUGCGACUGAUGAGGUAUAAUAACUAUGCGGAGGACCCUCUGUCGCGCUGUGACGGCUGUGACCCCGCUCAGAACGGAGAGAACUCCAUCUCGGCCCGCUCGGACCUGAAUCCUGCGAACGGCUCGUAUCCGUUCGGGGCUCUGAGACAGCGGCCACACGGCGGCACUGAUAUGAAGGUGACCAGCGCUGACAUGUUCAGCCGGCUGGAGCUCGUGGCGGUCAGCGGACCCACGUGGGAUCAGGUGCCCGUCUUCCAGUGGAGCAGCUCGCCCUACAGCAAUCUCCUGCACAUGGGUCAUCCGGACCGCUGGGCCUUCCAGCCCGUCCACGUCAGAUGGUCCACCUGAACGCCAGGUCUGCGGUCAUCAUGGAUCAUCACGGACUGUCAAUCUCAGGAAGAGAAGAGCCACUGUGCUUUGAUUAUUAAAAAAACCAAUGAUUUGAUGAAGGGAAGCGGUGUGUGAUGUUCUGUGUCUGUGUAACUCCACUCAAUCAAGACCUCACGAUUGUUCUGUCGCUGCUUUGUAUUUGUGACCCAAGCCUUGCACAUGAUAGUUUGACUUGGGUGCUGUGUGAAGUGUUGGCCUUCAGUUAUAGACUCCUGCCUCGGACACAACCCCAAGUGUUUUACUUCUCUUUUUCUUUCUCUAAAUAACAAACGGUGUCCAUCACCAGGUGAAUUUGCACAGUUCAUUAUCAUCCAUCACUUCCUAAAAUCAGCCAGCUGCUGCUCCUCACAGACUGAUUUAUUGUCAAUGGAUGAAGCUCAUGCUUUACUCUCAUUCUGAAUCACUAUUAGUUGAGCUUUGAUGCAGAAAAAGACUGAUUUGUUUGUUUUUUUAUUAAAAGGAAAAAAUCCGAAGCCAAGUUGCAUGAGAAUCAUUAAACAAAGCAAUACAUGGGUGUA